AUGGCUCCCAACAGACUAAUCGAAGACUUGUCUGCUCGCCACAAUCUACCUGCCAUGGCCAGUGACGCGGAACCUCCUGACAUGCUGGACAUUAUGAUGGGCGAGUCGGAUGAGGAGGAUAGUAUCGCUAAGCCCCGUCGUCCACUCAUUUCGGAUCUCCUUGACUCUCCUGGAUCUGCCCAGAUCUCCUUGCCUCUCCACUCUGCUUCUCAGACACCCCUCGUGCCCCGCCACACUACCCCGUCCCUGGCGGCUCCAUUUGCGCCAUCCAACUCACCACAUGAGCAUCUCCACCGCCACGCCUCGCCAAAGGUACAGGCGUCAUCUGGAUCUGUGGCGCCUGUGGAGGGAAGUCACGCACUUAUUCCUGACCCUCUGGCGCCAGCUUGA